UACCUUUAAUUUGUUGACUUCCUUCGCCGACAGUAACCUUUUCUCUUCAUCUCUUUAUAUCUUCAUCAUCUCUGAGCCAUUCUGUACUUCAAUUCACUCAUCAUCUGUAUACUUUUCUGAGCCUUCUUGUAUUUAUACUUUUCUGUCUUCUCACAAUUCAUCUCUCUCUUCAAAAUGGUGCAAUCAAAGAAGUUUAGAGGUGUCAGGCAACGCCACUGGGGCUCCUGGGUUUCUGAGAUUCGCCACCCACUGUUGAAGAAAAGAGUGUGGCUGGGCACAUUCGAGACAGCAGAAGAAGCUGCAAGAGUUUACGAUCAAGCUGCAAUCUUAAUGAGUGGACGAAAUGCGAAAACAAAUUUCCCAAUAACACAAACUCCAACAGGGGACCCAAAACCCAGUGAAAAUUCAAACUCGGCAACUCCAAAUGAUUUCUCAGAACUUCUGCACGCCAAGCUUCGUAAAUGCAGCAAGGCGCCAUCGCCUUCUAUGACUUGUCUGAGGCUAGACACAGAGAAUUCUCACAUAGGACUGUGGCAAAAGCGGGCAGGCCAACGCUGUGAAUCGAAUUGGGUGAUGACUCUCCAUCUUGGAAAGAAUAAUAAUUCAGAUGAUGUUGCACGAAACGCAUUGCCUUUGAGCGCUGAGCCCCAAGAGCAGCCACGGAUUGAACUCAAGGCAGAAAUGGAUGAAGAAGAGAGAAUAGCACUGCAAAUGAUAGAGGAGCUUCUUAAUCUCAAUUGUCCUAACCCUUCAUUUGGGGUGGAAGACGGUGGAUUAUAUCUCUAGCACUUUCAUGCUUUAUGAGAUACUAAAUUAUAAGGCUGUUGAUUUACCUGUCCAACAAAUACCAACGAUUGUUUGGCUAUAAGAAUAAAAAAAAUUAUUGGGCUGCAUGUGACUUUCUAUUUUUAAUCUGUUUGUAUUUACUAUUUAAGUAUACGCUAUGUAUACAGUGAGCGAAAGAGAAUGGCUUCUUUGGGUAUUACAA